AUGGGGGACUUCAAUCACCCUUUCGAUGUCGCUAGGGAAGAGAUGAAAAGUGACUGGAAAGUUAAAAUCGCGGACGACCUUACCUUUGGGUUCAGUAUCGCCAGCACCACUAGUAUUGCCAUUCACUUUAUUUUCGGCCCAACGAGUCUUUUGGUCCGAACAUGCUGUUUUGCGAUAGUCUGUCCAAUGGAAUUUUAUCAUCUUCUCAAAGGAGUAGUCAUCAGCCCUUUCUUCACUGCACGUUUUUUCACGACAGCAAAGGAAUCGAAAGACGCCUUUCGUGCUACGUUCGUGUUGGCGGGGUAUGUCGCUACUCUGCUGGGGAUCAGGUUCAUGUUCGCAAUAAAAUGGAUGAUGGGCGCUGUUUGGGGGAGGAUCAGUUGGACUAUUAUUGUCUCGAUUAUUACUUUUGUGGCUGGGAUAAUGACGCUCGGUAGGAACGGCGUCUUUUAUCUGAACAAACUCGGGCCACCUGUGCUCGAUUGGAUGGCGCGUGCGUACUAUCUAUCUCUAAUGAAACUGGAUGGAAUACACUACUGGCUCUCGGAGACCAAGAUUUGGUCAAGCUAUCUCUGGGUGAUGAGAGCUGCAGUACGUGCUGUUGUGUGGUAUCCAAAUCCGACGAGUCUCCCAAAUUUCAAGUUCCCAGGACCAGGCUCCUGCUUUCGGGACCUCAACCUGGAAAUUAGCAAGGGCCAUUUUCGUCUACUUCACAUACGACGACAAAUUCCGUUUCUUGAGGUGUAUGCAGAGCUCCAAUCUUACACCCUCGGCGACAACCCGGAAUAUGAGUGCAUCUCGUACUGUUGGGGCCAACGAGAAAUGCAACACUCCGCCGGAUGUUCUGAAAAGCCCAAGCAUAUGGUCCCAAAAGGAGAAGUCGACGAAACAUGCUGUAAAUUUCAGCCCAUCAAGGUAAGCAUGCACCUUAUCGUCCUCAAUGGUCGUCAACACUAUGUUCCGACCAACGUCCAUGACAUCCUCCGCAGGCGCAGCUCGUUCCUCCGCUCAUCAUAUAUCUGGAUCGAUUCGAUCUGCAUAGACCAAAUCAACCUGGAGGAAAAGAAUCGCCAGGUACCGAUGAUGAGAUCGAUUUAUGAGAAGGCUUCGCACGUCUAUGUUUGUCUUGGAGAAGACAGAAAUGCAUGGCUCGCGAUGGCGAUGGUUAAUGAGCUGGUUCUCAGUUUCUUCGUCCUCACUCCUGAGAACUUUUCUGUAUACGUUUCGGACUUGUAUCUUAGACGCCUCAGCGACAGGGAUCCAGUACUCAAUGCUCGUAUUGAAGCUUUUUACCAGCUUUUAUGUAAUAAGUGGUUCACUCGCGUCUGGGUGUUUCAAUAA